GAGUCAAUUUAUGUUGAUUGGCUUACCAAAUUCGAUGCUCAACUACGUCGACAAAAUCGACAAAUAAUCUUACUCAUGGACAACGCAACCUCACACAAGAAAAUUGACAGUCUUACGAACAUAGUCUUACAUUUCCUACCCCCUCGAACAACAUCCGUGUUACAGCCUUGCGACGCAGGCAUAAUUUCUGCUUUCAAAUCUCACUACAGACGUAUGUUCAUUCAGAAUAGGGUAGAUGCAUACGAUGCAUCAAUGGAUAAUAAUACCGAAUCCAUUCCGUUUACUAUUAAAGAUGCAAUAUAUAUGGUAGCCAAUGCUUGGGGCGGAGUUAGUCAACAGGUUAUUGUAAAUUGUUGGAAAAAAACUAGAAUUUUACCUCUUUCAAAUGAAAUUGAAGAGACAGAGCGAACUUCUGAGGAAGAGCGGAUUGAUGACUUUGUAUCUAUGGAGAGACUGUUUAACAAAUUGCCAUAUGAUAACCGGAUAUCGGUUGAAGAAUAUUUAUCUUGUGAUAACAAUAUUCCUGCGGAGGAGUUGAUUACGGAUGAGGAGAUAAUUGAAGUAAUUCUUGAGGAAGACGAUACACAAGUUGAGAAUAAUACAAAUGAAGAAGCGGAAAUAAGACCAACCAUCUCUCUCCACCAGGCAGUUACUGCUUUGAAAACACUAACACAAUUUUUACAGUAUUCAACCGGACCGGAGAUUCUACCAGAAGACAUUGCUGUAUUUUAUAGG